AUGGCGGCAAAGGAGCCUACACUGCCGAUUCCCGGCGAACGAAAUAUCCUCAUCACAAGCGCCCUGCCCUAUGUCAAUAAUGUUCCCCACCUUGGAAAUAUAAUCGGCAGUGUGCUCCCCGCAGAUGUUUUUGCUCGCUACAAUAGGGCACGGGGGUUUCCGACGUUGUAUAUCUGUGGUUCUGAUGAAUACGGAACUGCCACCGAGACCAAAGCCCUCGAAGAAGGUGUGUCACCCGAAGAACUCUGCGCAAAAUAUCAUACUAUUCACAAGGGUAUCUACGAUUGGUUCAACAUUGAAUUCGAUAUCUUUGGUCGCACGCCCACCGCGCAUCAAACCAAGAUUGUCCAGGAUGUUUUCCGUGGUUUGUGGGAGAAUGGAUACAUUGAAGAGCGAGAGACGACUCAGCCUUACUGUCCUGUAGAAGGCCACGCUACUUUCCUGGCGGAUCGAUUCGUUGAAGGAGAAUGCAGUAUUUGUGGUGACCCAGGUGCUCGUGGAGAUCAAUGCGACAAGUGCGGUAAUCUGUUGGAUCCGCUUGAGCCUGAUGCAAAGGAAGGCGGGGAGGAGGGAGAGGAGCAGGAUGUUGAAGCUAGAGCGACUGGAUGGUUGAUUAACCCUCGCUGUAAGCUCGAUGGUGCUACGCCAGAGAAGCGCAAGACAAAACAUCUUUACCUGCGUCUGGAUGCUCUCAAGGACAAGAUUGUGCCUUGGUUUGAGAAAGUGAGCAAGGAGAAUGAUUGGAGUAUCAAUACCUCUUCCAUUGUCCAGUCGUGGAUCGAUCGUGGAUUGAAGCCUCGUGCUAUUACCCGAGAUAUCAAGUGGGGUGUACCGAUCCCGACGGGCAUUGAGGGUCUGGAUGAAGAGGCUUAUAAGAACAAGGUUUUCUAUGUGUGGUUUGACGCUUGUAUCGGCUACGUCUCUAUUACCGCUAACUACACCGACGGCGACAACCUUGAGGGCAAGAAAUGGGAACAAUGGUGGAAACAUCCUGAACAGGUUUCGCUGUUCCAGUUCAUGGGCAAGGACAACGUGCCGUUCCACAGCAUUAUCUUCCCCGGCUCACAGCUUGGUUCCGGCAUGAAGUGGACCCAAGUACACAAGAUCUCAGCCACAGAAUAUCUCAACUAUGAAGGUGGUAAAUUCAGCAAGUCCAAGGGCGUUGGUGUGUUUGGCACAAGCGCUAAGGACACUGGUGUUGGACCUGACAUCUGGCGAUUCUACUUGCUAUCUCGACGACCCGAGUCCAGCGACACCGAGUUCAAAUGGGAUGAAUUCGUCAGCACCAACAACAACGAACUCUUAAAGAAUCUGGGAAAUCUCGUCGCGCGCGUCACCAAAUUCUGUAUCGCCAAAAUGGACGGAACUGUGCCCGCAUACUCUGAAGAAGCGGCAAAGGCCGUCCUUACCGAACACGAGAGACAAGUCAACUCCUACUUAACCUCUUAUAUCACCUUCAUGGACGCGACCAAAAUGCGUCCCGCCCUCAACGACAUCAUGCACAUUUCGUCUCUGGGCAACAAGCUCCUCCAAGACAAUAAACUCGACAACCGCCUCUUCACCGAAGAACCUGACCGCUGUGCCGCCGUCAUCAACAUCGCCCUCAACCACAUCCAUUUACUGGCCAGCCUUCUGUCGCCGUUUAUGCCAGCAACCUCGAAAUCAAUCUUUGAGCAACUCGGCGCUCAGCCCGAAGCCCGUAUCCCCGAUAAAUGGGUCUCCGACGUACUCAAACCAGGCCAUAAACUCGGCGAAUCAAAGCUAUUGUUCUCAUUGAUCCCACCAACUAAAAUCGAAGAAUGGCGCGAAGCUUUCGGUGGCGAGGAAGUGAGACGCCAAAAGGCCCUGGAGGCUGAGAAGGCUGCCGCCAAAAAGCUGGCCAAGGAGAAGGAGAAGGAGAAGAAGAGACUCAAGAAGGAAGCUGCUGCGAAGGAGGCUGCUGCUAAGAAGGCUGCGGCCGAUGAAGCGGCGAAUGCGACAGCAACGCAGUUGGAGAACAAGUUGACGCUUGAUGAUGGGCAGAAGAAUCCUUAA